AUGGAUUCAGUCUGUCCCAUUUGUAACAAAGCCUUUCCCAUAAGGUUGUUAGAGCGACAUGUUAAUAAUUGUCUUGAUAACCAAGUAUCCAAAGAAGGCAAUGACGAUGUGGUACUGGAUAAGAAUUUGUCUCUAGAAUUAGGAGAUCGGAGGUCAAAGAAACGAAGCGUGUUUAGCGCAUUGGGAUUGAGAUCGGCGAACCAGCCUCUGCUGCUCCUGCUGCAACAACAACAACAACAACAACAACAACAGCAGCAGCAGCAGCAGAAUCAACCAUCCUCACAGACCAAAAGAUUUAAACCGGAAUCUAAGAAAUCAGAGACUAAUAAGAGUCGGCAGACAAUACACGAAAAUACGUUCAAGAUUGCUCAAUCCCACCAACACAAAGAGCAAAGUCAAGAUGGUGGCCACACUGAGGAAAUUCUGCGAUUGUUGGAACAAAGCGCAGGUGAAACAUACGUGGAAACGAAUGCUGUUGCAUUAGCCAAUGAAAGACGCGACAAGCAAAAGGAAAUGGCCGAGUUGAAGCGAAGAGCGGCGACGCCAUUGGCACACAGGGUGCGACCAAAAACUCUUGAUGAUUUCAUCGGACAAGAGAAACUUGUAGGCGAAAACGCACCCUUGAGGAACUUAAUUCAAGCGGAUUUGAUUCCUUCGUUUCUUUUGUGGGGUCCACCUGGUUGUGGAAAGACAACUAUAGCACGGAUAAUCGCCAAAUCAACAGAUUACAGGUAUGUUGAGCUCUCUGGCGCAGACAGUAAUGCCAAGAGCUUAAAAGAUGCAUUCACUCAAGCCGACAAUUUAAAAAAACUAACUGGCCAGCGCACAAUACUAUUUCUUGAUGAAAUACAUCGUUACAACAAGGCGGUUCAGGAUUUGCUAUUGCCGGUGAUUGAGCGGGGUACUUGUACAGUUAUUGGUGCCACAACGGAGAAUCCGUCGUUUAACUUGAAUAAUGCAUUGCUCUCACGCUUGCACACUUUUGUCAUGGAACCGUUAACUACAACAGCUGUUGUGAGAAUUUUGCAUCGUGCUUUAUAUGAUAUAAACCAAUUGAGAAAGAAUUUGUUUCAACUACACUACAUGACUCUUGAAAAUGGGGCUUUUACUUAUAUAGCCGAACUAUGUAUGGGUGAUUCGAGGGUGGCGUUGAAUAUUCUUGAGACAGUGAAUGCUUAUUUAUCCUCAGCCAAAUUUAAGACAGAGUUGCAAACUAAAGUAGCACAGGAAACAAAGCCACAGGAAGAACAGGCGAGGGACGAGAAAGUUGAAGAUCGGCAUCAUGGACGAGAGGGACGAGGGAAUCAUGAAGAAGAGGGUUUGACAACACCCAAGCAAGGCGUGAUUAAAGUGAGCGAGUAUUUACUCAGACAGAUACUCCAAACACGAAACUUUCAUCAAUUGUAUGAUAGAAACGGUGAUGGUCAUUAUGACGUCAUAAGUGCGUUCCACAAGUCUGUACGAGGCUCUAAUGCGGAUGCUGCGAUAUUUUAUUUAGUGAAAAUGCUUUCCGGAGGAGAGGACCCUUUGUUCAUAUUGCGUAGGAUGAUUGUGAUUGCCAGCGAAGAUAUCGGGUUAAGAGACAGUUCUUGUCUUCCCUUUAUGGUAGCCGCUAAGGAAGCUGUUGAGUUUGUUGGUAUGCCAGAGGGUGAGAUUAUUUUGGCUCAUUGCGCUAAUAAAUUAGCUAGAGCACCAAAAUCGACCAAAUCGUAUCGUUCUUUGAGAACAGCACAGGCAUAUAUACAAGAACACCCCGAAAUUACGCGGUUACCUGUACCUUUCCAUUUGAGAAAUGCACCGACAAAGUUUAUGAAAGAGAUGGGGUUCGGAGAUGAGUAUAAGUACAAUCCCAGGUACGAAAACGGAAUUGUACGUCAACUGUAUUUUCCCGAAGGAAUGGAGGAACCAAAGUUUUUGGAAGAUACGCAUUUAGGAACCCUUAGAGAUCCCGAAGUACAAAAGGAACUUUAUGAGCAAGCGAGGGAAGCAAAUGCCGACUACGAGAAGUUCAAAUCUGAUACUCGGAAAUUAAAAGUGCUGGCAUCUUCUCUUCAUCUUAGUAGUGGUAAUGUAAAGGAUGCUGAAAAUGGGGUAGGGAAUGGGUCCAAGAAUAAUGAUGAGAUCAAAGAUUGCUAUGAUCAUCCCAACGGCCAUGGUGGUGAUGAUGAUGAUGAUGAUGAUGCACAUGAUGUCGAUGAUAGCGGUCAUUACAACGGUCUUGCAUCAGUUCGCACAGAUGAAGAUUCGGAUCAAGGACAUCAAGUGGAUAUUGGACUGCUGCCGCAAAUAUCGUUUGACAAAGCAUACGAUAAUUACCAUACUAUUAACAACUUUGGGAAAUCAUAUGACGAAUUUUUGGACCCAGGUUCUCAGCCAGAGUAUUUUGAUGAUGAUGAUGAAGAAGAAGAAGAAGAAGAAGAAGAAGAAGAACAUGAGGUGGGAGCUAAUGAAAAAGAGGAGGCGAAGGAAGUACAAGAGGAAAAGCAAGAUGAUGAAAAAGUAGAAGUUAAGGAGGAAUAG